AUGGUCGUUACUAAUGUUGAGCAGAGAGAAAUUAGUGCUUUGUCUAUUGAGGUUACAAAGGUGGAGGAAGACCCACAAGGCUUCUUGGAUAAACUGGAGAAGAUAUUUCAGGUUAUGCAGGCUUCUAAUAUGGAGGGAGUUAGCUUUGCGUCUUAUCAUAUUAAAGAUGUUGCUUAUCAGUGGUAUAAAGAGUGGGAUAGAGAUAAGGGUGAUAUGGAAGAUCGUUCACAUAGGGGAUUUUAUGAGAAAUGUAGAGAUACAUGCUUCAAGUAUGGUCAGGUAGGCCAUAGGCUCAAGGAUUGUCCGGUCAACAAGGUUGCUACAGGGGCUAAUAAUAUUUUGGUGGUUUCACCUUCUACUCCGACACCUGGUGGUGUGGCAUCUGCUUAUGUUACUGCUCUUAAUUCUAGUAUUGGUCAGAAUAGGUUGUAUGCUUUGGUGUCGCAGCAAGAAUUCGAGGCAUCACCUGAUGUUAUUACUCGUAUGUUAUAG